AUGGGAGAUGUUAACGCUGAUAUAAAUUACACGCCCACACCAGAUGGUAUUGCAUUUUUCUGUGAAACCCCGAGCGUACUGUAUAGUGUUCUAAACAGCAAUGGCCACCAUCUGGAUAGAACAAAUUACCCUCUCUGUUUUGGUCCGAAAAACAAAGAGUUGAAAUCGCAGCGAUGUAUUCUAUUGCAGUUAAUUAGCUCAAUGAAUGACUGUGCUUACGAUUUGCUUGGGAAUGAUUUUUUCUUCGAAAAUGAGGUACCACCUUGUCUUUUCCGUUACACCACGAAAGAAAACUGUCCAUUUACGGUACGCUCAUUUGCGGGUACACGUUUCGGUUGUCAUCGAUCACGUCCCGAUCACAAAGCUAUGCGACGAAUUCAACAUGCUGCAGCAUUUUUGGCUGUCGCUAAUGAUAAUACCUACAGUACUGCUUCAGGCAGCCAUCAGGAAAGUAUUCAGUUUGGCGUAAAUCCAACAAGCGACAAUUUUUAUUAUAAUCAGCCCUAUGCCAAUAACAAUUUUGCUUCGAUAAUUUCGCCAUCUGUUCCAUUGACAUCAUCAUCAUCAUCGACAGCAGCAGCAGCAGCAGCAGCAACAGCAACAGCUUCAGUUGUGCAAAGAAACUGUGAUGCAAUGAGCGCGAUGACAACAUCUUCAAAUGCCAUAACAAAUGCAGUAACUUCAAAUGAGUCCAAUCGUCUCCUUCUGAAUCCACUUCUUACGUCUUCUAAUCCUUUACCUGAAUCUAUUACUUGCAAUGCUGGACAUGUUGCUAACCAAUUUUAUUCAUUAUCUCCAGUCGUGGAGAUUGGCAGUGAUUUCAGUUCAUGGAAUUGUUACCCUACAGCAAGUGACAUCAAAGUGGAUCAUGCGAAAGUUGAUGCUCCAAAGUGUGACGAGCGCAGUAAUUACCAUUUCAUUUAUCCAUACAACUCCUCAGCUUCAGUUACCGACAGUUACAAUUCAUAUCCACUUGAAACAGCUCCGAGCAGUACUGGCCGAUCUUUCUUACAUUGUGUAAAUCCAAUUGAACCGAUUUCUGAAACCCCGUCAUUUCUAUCAUUUCCAGCAUCGCUUUCUAACUUGAACUAUACACCAUCUGGAAAUCCAGAAAACCAAAUCCAUAAUUUGGAGUUAAAUAAUUUGCAUAUCGCCGAGCUUCAAUACAAUCUCAGUCGUAUGUCAUUUGCCGAUGGUGCGGCAUCAACAUCAUCGACAUUCGCCACCAAUCAGCCCAAGAUGAAUUGA